AUGGCGAUGGCUAAAUGGCUCCUCGCAGCCACCGCGCUGGCGUCGCCGGCACUGUCCAUGACUCCACAGCAGUUCAUCUCUGCUCCACGGAGAGGAGAGGCAGUUCCGGACCCGUCUGGGAGAACUGCCUUCUUCCACGUCACCCAGUACUCCUUUGAGAAGCACGAAACGGUCAAGAAUGAGUGGGAUCUCAUCGACCUCCGCAACAACAGGAUCACCACCCUCACCGACGACCCCAACGUGUCUGAAAUCGUCUGGCUCGGCAGAGGCACUGAAAUCCUCUACAUCAACGGCACCAGCUCCGAAACCCCUGGCGGUGUUGAAUUCUGGGUCUCCGAUACCAAGGACUUCUCCAAGGCAUACAAGGCUGGUUCUGCACCAGGUCCCCUCAGCGGCCUCAAGGCCGUCCGCACCAGGAACGGUGACAUCAAAUUCUUGACCAACGGCAAAUCGACACCCGAUGGCACCCUCUACAACCCCGAGACGGCCAAGAAAUACCACUCCAGUGCACGUAUCUACGAGAGUCUCUACGUUCGCCACUGGGACACCUGGCUGACCACCGAAUUCAAUGCUGUCUUCUCCGGCACAUUGAAGAGAGGAGACGGACAAUAUAAACUCGCUGGAGACUUGAACAACCUUGUUUCCCCCAUCAAGCACGCCGAGUCUCCCUACCCGCCAUUCGGUGGCUCCGAGCAUUAUGAUAUCUCCCCCGACGGUGAAACCGUCGCAUUCAUGAGCAAGGCUCCUGAAUUGCCAAAGGCCAACUUGACCACCAGCUAUAUCUUCGUUGGGCCCCACGACGGCUCUUCUCGUUUCACUCCUAUUAACUCGCGAGACGGUGACGCAACUCCAGAAGGUGUCCGAGGUGCCUCUACCUCUCCUGUAUUCUCUCCUGAUAGCAAAGAACUUGCAUACUUGCAGAUGCAUGGUGAAAACUAUGAAUCUGACCGAAACAUUAUCUACGUCGCGACUGUUGGACGAUCCCCACGCAUCAGGGCCGUCGCAGAGGAUUGGGACCGAUCUCCUGGCUCUAUCAAAUGGUCUCCGAACGGAAGAUCCCUCUACGUCACCGCUGAUGAUCGCGGCACCGGCCGUCUUUUCUCUGUCCCUGCCAGGGGAGGAAGACGCGAUAGACCCCGACGCAUCCAAAACGUCGGCUCUGUCAGUGCCUUCAACUUCAUCGAGCGAUCUGACCGCGUGCUCGUCACUGCUACUUCUCUCUGGUCCAAUGCGCUCUACUACAUUGCCAGCCCAACCGGCAGACCACGAAAGGUUUUCUUUGCCAACGAGCAUGAUCCUGAGCUGAAGGGACUUGGCCCUGAGGAUGUUGAUGAAUUCUAUUUCAAGGGAGACAAACAAGAGGUCCAAGCUUGGAUUGUUAAGCCGGAGAACUUUGACCGCAGCAAAAAGUACCCACUUGCAUUCCUCAUCCACGGUGGCCCCCAGGGAGCAUGGGGUGAUUCCUGGAGCACUCGCUGGAACCCCAAGGUCUGGGCUGAUCAGGGAUACGUCGUCGUUGCUCCAAACCCAACGGGCAGCACUGGAUGGGGUCAAGCAUUCACCGACGCUAUUCAAAAUGACUGGGGAGGUGCUCCUUACAGAGAUCUCGUGAACUGCUGGGAACACAUUGAUCGGUCCAUUGACUACAUUGACACCGAAAAUGGUAUUGCUGCUGGAGCAAGUUACGGUGGUUUCAUGGUCAACUGGAUCCAGGGUUCCGACUUUGGAAGAAAAUUCAAGGCGCUCGUCUCCCACGACGGAACCUUCGUCGCUCCCGCUAAGAUCGCUACCGAGGAGCUCUGGUUUAUGGAACACGACUUCAACGGCACUUUCUGGGAUGCCCGCGAGAACUUUGACCGCUUCGACCCAUCUGCCCCAGAGCGCAUUCUCCGCUUCGCUACUCCUCAUCUUAUCAUUCACAAUGACUUGGAUUUCCGUCUCUCUGUUGCCGACGGUGUCAGUAUCUUCAACGUCCUCCAGGGUCGUGGCGUCCCCAGCCGCUUCCUCAACUUCCCAGAUGAGAACCAUUGGGUCCUUCAACGCGAGAACUCUCUCGUCUGGCACCAACAAGUCCUUGGCUGGGUCAACAAAUACUCUGGCAUUGGACAGAGCAACCCUGAUGCGAUCAAACUGACCGACACUGUGGUCCCAGUUGUCAACCUCAACUCGUAA